CUCCCUUGACACGGCUUCCACUCCCGUUUAGUUCUUCUUACGAUAUAUGCCUGAUCUAACCUGUUGAUUCUUUUCUUCAAUUUCGAUUCUCCCUGGCAAUUUUUUUGGGUGAAUUGGUUCUCUUUCUCUUCAAUCGAAUAGAGGGUCUUACAGUGAGUAUCCCCAAUUUCAAAAUUAUCUGAAAAAAAUCUACUGCAUAAAGUCUUCUCUUUUCCUUAGACAUUGCAUGUUUAAUUGUUUAAUUACUGAUUGUUAUAUUUGUUUCUUGCGGCAAUUUCAAAUUAUCUGCAAAUCUUCAAUUGUUAGAAAGAUCUAUUGCGAAAAAGUCUUCUCUUUUCCUCGGACAUUGCAGUUUGCAGAUCAGCUUAGGAAACAGACAAGAAUGGCCUCUGAUAGAGAAGACUUUAGCCUCUGUGGACCCUCACACCUCACAAAUCUUGAUUGGGCAAACGAAGAUCACCAACGUUGUGUAGCAGCUUGUUUAGUUCAAGGAAUCUACAUAGUAGAGCGUGACCGUCAGCUUAAACGUGAAGGCCCUCAAGCUCUUGCAUCUCCAUGGUGGGAGUUUUUCAGCUUCAAACUAAUCCGUAACCUCGUAGACGACGCAGAUUUCUCCAUCUUUGGCGGCAUUUACGAAUUCAAACCUCCACAAAACGAAGAAGACAACACCACAGUCGUCGUCUCUGGAGCAGCUCCACGGUAUGUCAUAGCCUUUAGAGGAACAUUGACUAAACCGGACUCAAUAUCCCGUGACAUCGAGCUAGACAUCCACAUUAUCCGGAACGGUCUCCACAGAACGUCUCGGUUCGAGAUCGCUAUGCAAGCCGUGAGAAGCAUGGCUGCUUCUUCUGCUUCUAGCGGUUCAAGCCUCUGGAUAACGGGCCAUUCAAUGGGUGCAGCCAUGUCGCUUCUCGCUGGCAAAACAUUGGCAAAGACUGGAGUUUACAUCAAAUCGUUCUUGUUCAACCCUCCAUUUGUGUCUCCACCGAUAGAGAGGAUAGCAAACGAGCGUGUUAGGAGCGGGAUUAGAAUCGCUGGGAGCAUAGUCACUGCAGGACUUGCUCUCUCAAGAACACUCAAACAAACUCAGCAGCCUCAGCAACAGCAGUUGCAAGUACGAAACUUGUCUGAAGAUCCGCUAAAGGCUCUAGCUUCUUGGCUUCCUGACAUACAUGUGAAUCCAGGAGACCAUUUAUGUUCAGAGUACAUCGGGUUUUUCGAGCACAGGGGAACAAUGGAACAGUUUGGUUAUGGAGCAGGGAUCGUUGAGCGGAUGGCGAUGCAGCAUUCUUUGGGAGGUUUGUUGAUGGAUGCGAUGGGAGUGAGUAAUGCAGUGGAAGUAGAAGAGCCGGUUCAUGUGAUCCCAUCUGCUAAGCUGAUAGUAAACCGGACCGAAUCUGUAGAUUACAAGGAUGCUCAUGGGAUUCAUCAAUGGUGGAGAGAUGAUCAAAAUUUGGUUUCCAACAUUUACUUGUACAAAUAGCUCUCUCUUCUUUCCUUACCGAACCAGACCAUACUUAACCGAAAAUGAUUUGGUUUUUCCGAUUGCAAUACCCUUCAUUGUGUGUUGUGUGUACCACCAUAUUAUGAUUUAGUUUAUAAAACAAGAAUUCAAACACGGAAGAUAG